AAAAACUGCACAACAUCCGCUGAUUGCCCGGCAAAUAAUAUGUGCGCUCAAGGCGACUCAGCGCCGCCCAGUAUUUGUGGUUGCCCACUUGGAUUUGAAGGAGAGGAUUGUACGGAACGACAAGUUAGCAUCGACGACAGAUGUCCUUUUCCCGAUGAUCUGAUUGAUGUUUGUGUUGCUUCCCAAAUAGACUUCCAAUGUUCUGAAGAUAACACAUGUCCGGAUGGAGAAAUAUGUUGCAUAGGAGCAAAUGGAUGUUCAACCCACUGUAUUCCAAUAGGCUGUAACGACCCCGUUGAUCGUAAAACAUGCACCGAUCAGAACAAAAUCUGCAUGGACGACGAUUCUAUUGCAGGUUUCAUCUGUAAAUGUCCUUUCGGAUACAGCGGAACUAUGUGCGCCACGCCAUUUGCCGGUUUUGACGCGGAAUGUCCAUUUCCCGACGUUCCUGGAGAUACUUGUGAUGAGUUUGAAACCACCCCGACCUGUACGAAAGCUGACGAUUGUGAAGACGAGGAAGUAUGCUGUUCAACAGGUUGUGGAACGGCUUGUGUGGAUCUUUCAGAUCCAAAACCACCAGGAAAGAAGCCAAACCUUGCAUUAAUUGCGCUGCUUUUGUCCACACGCCGACAGCGACCUCCUAUAAUUUCUGUAUCACCAGCAGUUCCCAUUGUACCAGUAGUUCCAAUUUAUCCGGUAUCCCCGAUUUAUCCAGUGUCUCCAAUACUACCAGUGGUACCAGUUGGUUGCCCACCAAACCGAUGUGUUUGUUCAAAGAACCUCGGUGCAAUUUGUGAACCAAGUAUAGGAGGUUGCGGCGCCACUAUCCGUGAUCAACACACUGGAGAACGCAUCACGCAAUAUUGCAAAUGCGAUCCGGGUUAUCAGAUAUACAGCCCUUGCUCUAAAGAAAAAUGUUUCGACAUAAAUGGAAGACCAUUAGUGUGCCCGGGUCAUCCGAACGCUAGAUGUCGUGUAACUCAGUGCGGAAGAUGCCAGGCAUAUUGGAUUGAUAUUUAUACAGGAAAACAAGUUACAUGCCAGAGAAGACAGCCCGUAAACUCAGGUGCAGCAUGUGGUCCUGGAGAGAUUCCGAUUCUUAGAUGUCCAGAUAUAUGUCGACAUACUAAGUGCCCGAAUUAUCCGUCUGCAACUUGUACAGUUCGCGUUUGUAAUGGGUGCACGGCAAGAUACACCGACCAGGGAAUAGAUGUCACGGCAGGUUGUCACCAAGUCGUGGGAUAAGAAUGGCUGGAAAACACUCACGCUGGACGCUAUGACUGGAAAACACUUUCAAACGACAACAAAAAACUCUUUUCAGCUAAUAACUCUGCGGUUUAUUUAAAAACACAAUAAAACCUAAACCCGGCAACUGAGAUAUGUUCAUUUUUUCCUGGGAAAUUCAGUUUAAAUUUGGAAUAUGCAACUCCGGGCCAAAUCACUCAGACGACUACCCAUAAGACCCUAAGACUUCAGUGUGUGUUUUUAAAAACUUCUGAUUGUGUUCUUUUCUUUGAGAUGGAGCUAAAGAGCAAAUCGAGAUCAAUAAAUUACUCGUGCGAGAUGAAUUCAAAAAAUGUGGAAUCGCGCCGUUUCUUUUUAUCCUUUUGUAGUUUUAAGCCAUAUACAAAAAAGGUUGGGCUAACCGUAAACCCCUAACACUUCUCGCAAUAAUUCACUCGUGUGCGGUCUGAUGCAAAAAAUCGUUAAACAUUUCCUGUCUUAUGAAUGUAUAUUUAGUAAAGGGUCAACAUUGUAAUAUAUAUUGGUGAUAGAUUUAGUAUUUCAUAUAUCUUACGAGUACGUAAUAUUUUAAUAAAUGCUUGUAUUUUUUAUCAGAAGAGUUGGUUUUGUGUAUUUUUGUUCAAUAUCUUCUGUUCCUGAUUACACAUCGCAGGCUUAUCUAUUGUUCUUUUAUUGUAGAAAGAAUAUUUCAAUAAACACAUUGAUUGGUGAA